UACGAAUGCUGAAUGCGUCCGUUUUUACUAUGUAAUUCGCUGGACGACAUGCAGGGAACUAAAACCUGUCCCUGUCGGAGUGACAUUUUGAAGAAGAAUUCUUAUACAAGUUGGAAGAAUGGCGGAACUACGGCUGAGACAACUGUUUCUUGGUUUUCUGUUAUUCAUUUGUGUCGACUGCAAAAGGAGUGCAACACCGACGACAACGAUUGUCUACUCGGAAUCAGUAUUUGUUGACAGGGAGCCAGGAUGUCCAAGAAGCGUAGUCGUAACGACUCAAGCGGUAGCGUACAUUAUAUCCAAAAAUGGCACCAUUCAUGGAUCCAUCCAGUUCGAUCAAGCAGACGGUAAAGGCUUGGUAUCCGUAACCGGCGCCAUCACCGGACUGCAACCAGGACCGCAUGGGUUCCAUAUUCAUGAGUAUGGCAAUUUGCAAGACGACUGUAAUGCCGCCGGUGACCACUACAACCCGGACAACUACACCCACGGUAACGUGUACGAUGCCGUUCGGCACGCCGGGGAUCUGGGAAACAUCAUUGCCAAUACGGACGGUCUGGCGGAAAUCAACGUCAACACCGAAGCCUUCACACUGAACGGUGAUUUCAGCAUUAUCGGACGGUCGGUGGUCGUCCACGCCGAUGUGGACGAUCUCGGUCAGGGCAAGGCCAGCGACAGUAAGGUCAACGGGCAUUCGGGGGCGCGGUUGGCGUGCGGGGUCAUCGGGAUCACAGAGGAGAUUAUCAAUGGCGUUGAUCUUAACACCGGCGAACCUGAUAUCGAUAGAUAUGACCAGGAGCAUGACAUGGUAGUCGUGGGUGUCAGUGCGGCAAACGAGUGUCGACGCUGUAUGGGAUUGAUUACGGCAUUCUUUGUGACUAUUAGUUUGGGACAAUUUCUGCGGUAAUAAAAAUUAACUGGUUUUCGGUUUCUUCGUCAGUGCAUUGAUGACAUUUUAAAAAAAGCUGAUCGUGGAACGUGACCGUGAAACUCUGAUUGCGGGAUGUCUUGUUAUUCAGUCUGAUUAAAACACUUCAAGUGCGAGUCACUAUAUAGUGACUCCAUAUACAGAG